AUGGGGGACGCGCUGUGGGUGCGCACGCAGCUGCUGUUCGCCGACUACCUGGAGUUCUGCGCGCGGGAGCCCGCUGCCGUGCUCCACCAGGCACCCGGACACCGCAGCUGUGGGCUGGGCGACCCGGAUGGCUUCUGCCUCUCCUUCGGGGGCCCCCUGCCGCUCUCCUACUGGAAAGCACGCCUGGUCCAGACUUUUCUGUCCUGCGUUCUAGCAACCGUCCUCAUCUACCUUUGGACGCGAGUCUACCGCUUCCUGUAG